AUGUGCAAGAAUAACGUCAACUGGACGGACUGCGCGGAAGAACCUGAAACCGAUGAGGAUGGCAGGGACGGAGUAGAGGCGGAACUGUUGUGCGAUACUGGCUCAGCCUAUACACUCAUACCCUUGGAAAUCCACAACAAGCUACGACCACGACCGCAAAUCAACCCUUACAACAUUCCAGUUUUCUCGUACACCAAUCAGAAUAUUGAUAUCGUCGGAAUAGCGGAAUAUGACGUCGAGAGCCGCGGAAGAAAGGAGAAGCUGAGGGCCUUGGUGGCUCGGAAAGGAAGAACUCUGAUGGGAAGAAACUGGUUGAAGAAAUUCGGGGAAUGUCUGCCUGCAAGUCAGGACGAGUCCGCAGAGAUGACAGUAAACGAAGUUGGAGGUACGUGGCAAGUAGUGAUAAAAGAUUACAAGGACGUAUUCGGGAGUCACUUGGGUCGCCUCAGGGGCCAAAAGCUCAAGCUGGAAGUCAUCCCGGGAGCCGUGGCCACCUUCAGCAAAGCGAGAUCCGUGCCAUAUGCGAGAAGAGAACAGGCUGAACAGGCGAUGAACAAGAUGGUGAAAGCGGGAGUUCUGACGCCGGUUAGAUUCGCCGAGGCUGCGGCGCCGGUGGUUUACGCACCGAAAGCAAACGGAGUCCGAGUGUGCGCCGACUUGCGAACAACAGCGAACAAGGUGACGAAACUUGAACAGUAUCCGUUGCCAAGAGCGGAGGACUUGCUUGCAAGCAUGGACAUGAGACCGGGAACGUCGCUCACGGAACUCGACUUGAAGGAUGCAUACAGCCAAAUCGAAAUGCAUCCCGACUCGAAAUGGCUCACUGCAAUAAACACCCACGAAGGCCUGUUCGAGUAUGACCGAGUGCCGAAAGGAGUCUCUUCGGCUCCGGCUUUCUUCCAAAGGAGUUUGGAAGCCGUGCUGGCAGGAAUUCCAGGAACUGGGUGCAGAUUGGACGACAUACUGAUAUCCGGACCGCCAGAGGAGCACGUAAAAAGACUCACCGAAGUAUUGAGGCGCAUGAGAGAGCACAACCUCAAGUUAGCGCUUCCGAAGUGCGAGUUCAUGGCGGAGGAGAUCGAGUUCUUGGGGCACAAACUGAGUCGGCAAGGGCUGAAACCUAUGGAAUCAAAGACCGAAGCCCUCGAAAAAGGCCCUCAACCCAGGAAUGUUGAGCAGCUGCAGUCGUUCCUGGGAAUGAUCUCCUACUACGCUAAGUUCAUCCCGAAUCGAGCAACAAAGCUAGCACCGCUGUAUGAACUCAUCCAGAAAGAUCGCAACUUCGACUGGGGUCCGCAACAAAAUCAGGCCUUCGAGUAUGCAGAAGAAUCGAUCGCGUCGUCUACUGCAGGGAUGGGCAAUCCCGGGCCCGCGGGCCGCAUGCGGCCCGCUAUGCUCGAUGCUCUUGAAAUGUAUUCGAAUGAUUUUUAUCGACGAAAUCCAAUCAAAAGAAGUCUCGGAAGAGGUCCGCGUUCUCAUCGGAGGUAG